GUCUCACCCACAGUUUUUAGAUCCAUUUUUUCUGCAUCCAAAAAGAGGUGUUGCUAUGCCACCACAAGCUGAACAUGCAGAUGACAAUCGACUCUACUAUGAGGGUGAAAAGGAUCCAAUUACUUUUCUCCCAGUGUCACCUUUGGCAGAACAGUCCUAUGGGAAUCCAAUAUUCAAGGAGAAAGAAGCAGAUCAUGGAGGUGCCUUUGCUGAAUCAAAUAAUGUAGUGGAUUCUCAUAAGCAAAUCCAAAAUCCACCGGCUCCAGUGCUUGGGGGGCAAGUCAAUCAGCCACAUCUGCCUCCACAAAACCAACCGGCAGUUGGUGGGCCAGUACAGCUAGAACCAAUAAAGGUUGCACCAUGUGUGACGGAUUUGGGAAAUCAACAACAUCUGCAAGAAAAUAUCGACAGAGGAAUUUUGCAGUUUCCAAAAAAGGCUAAGCAAACCAUGGGAGUUGAUGCAAACCCAUUCCCUGACUUGUCUGUUGGAGUGAACGUGGCAGAUCUCGGAAGCCUUAACAAGGACAAAAAUCGGUCAUACUCCAAGCGCAAACUUACAGCUAAUGACUUGAGAUGGGUCAUUAAGGAAGCCAAAACUCGCAAAGAUCAAGCCAGAUCAGAUCCUCCACGAGGAAGAACGCACGAGGGGCAUGAUCCAAAGCAGCAGAAAACUGGUCCAAGUCAGAGUGCUAUGAAAUUUGGCUAUGAAGGGUGAUCUAGAAUGGUGAAACCACCGCUCAAAUCUCUUAUCCAGAAAUGGGAGCAAGUAAGUCAUCCAAAGUUCCCUAAGGCUUAGAAUCCAAGAACUUUGAGGCGACGCUUACAAUGUAAGGGAGCAGAAGAAUGACGCUAACAACAGAUGGAAAAGUCGGGGGGCAUGGUAGAUCUAGCUCAGCGGCUCCCAGUCAAAAUGAAAUCUAUUUGGGUUC